UCGGACUCGUCAGUCUCCUCGCCGGGUUCAGAUUGACACGUGUGACUCGUAUUCCAUGGUCUUUCAAGCUAAGCAGCAAAAGUGUAAAUUAUAACGUGCAGCGUAAUCUUCUCAACUGUAUAGCUAUCGCCGAGGUACAUGUAAAAGAAAUACGAGCAUGAGAGGGAUUGCGCCUAUCAUCCGAUUAGCGAUCUUCACCCUGGUGUGCAUCGGCUUCUACGAGAAAGCACUGACGCGACCCCAGUCCGAAAUCCCGAAAGUCCACCUGCACACUGGGACCGUCUUGGGCACUGUGGAGACUUCCCCCGGCGGGAGGUUCUACUACGUCUUCAGGAGCAUUCCGUAUGCUGAGCCGCCCGUCGGAGAGCGCAGGUUCAAGCCCCCAGUGCCAGCAACUGCUUCGGAAGGAGUGGCAAAUCACCUGAAAUGGCCCCCGAGCUGUCCACAAGUUACAAAAGGGAAGCAGUUAAUACAUGUUAAAGAAAUAAUGGGCGAGGAAGACUGCUUGUAUCUCAAUGUAUUCACUCCGUCGAUGCAGGAAAAGAAUUACCCCGUGAUGGUGUACAUCCACGGAGGCGCCUUCCUCACCGGGAACGCCAGCCGCCACAACCCCGAGCUCUUCCUGGACCAAGACAUUGUCGUUGUUACUAUUCAGUAUCGUCUGGGAGUUCUUGGAUUCCUGUCGACGGAGGACGAGGCGCUGCCGGGCAACCUGGGGCUGAUGGACCAGACGCUCGCCCUCCGCUGGGUUCACGAGAACAUCGCUCGCUUCGGAGGCGACGUGACGAGGGUCACCGUCGCCGGCUUGAGUGCCGGCGCUGCCUCGGCCCACAUGCACCUGUUCAAUCCCCACGCGAAAGGAUUUCUUUCUCGGAUUCUUUCUCCCGCAGGACUGUUCUCGCGUGCCAUCCUCAUGUCGGGAUCGGCGCUCUGCCCCUGGGCCCUGAGGAAGGGCCACAGAAAGGUCGCAAUGGCAGUUGGCGAAAAAUUCAACUGCCAAUCGGACCCUCGGGUCGCAAGCGGCGUCGAGAAGAGCACACUCUUGGUGGAAUGCCUUCGAAGAACUCCUCUCAAGGAGCUCGUUUCCUCCUUCAUGGACUUCCAGGUGUGGAACAGCCUCCCGUGGGAGACGGUGCCCCGGGUGGACGGCGACUACCUGCCCGAUCACCCGGCGCGCCUCCUCGCUCAGGGGCGCUUCCAUGACGUCAGCAUCGUCACCGGCGUCAACCUCCACGAAGGGCGACUCGUCACCCAAGGUAUGUUCUCCAAUCCGGAGGUGUUCCGAGCGUUGGCGACCGACUUCGACUCCGUCGCGCCCAGCGUGGCGCUGCUCUUCGAGGAGGGCGACUACUGGCCGAGGAGCCUCGCCCGCCGCGCCUUCGAGCACUACCUCGGGGGCACCGAGAUCAGCGCCAGCAGCCACGCCGACGAAGUGGCGCUCACGCAGUUAUUCGGAGACCGCUUCUUCAAGAUCCCGCACGAUGACACGUGGAACCUCACUUGGCACCAUCUUGGUCCCGGCCGCGUCUUCGCCUACGAGCUCAUGCACAACAGGGGGCAGGAGUGGGUUGUGCAUCCGGCAAUACUGCAGUACCUGUUCCCUUACCCCGACGCCCCGCGACUCAAGGGCGAGGACAGACAGCUCUCGGACACGUUGCUCAAACUGUGGGUGAAUUUCGCAUCAACGGGGGACCCGACACCCGACUCCUCUCUGGGCUUCCGCUGGGCGUCCGUCAGUGCCUCCAGACAGGCCCACCUCAGCCUCACGCCCACGCCUGUUAUGACGUCAUCCUCGAGACUGAACGAAUGGUUGUUGUGGACCUCAUUCCCAACCGAAGCGAACAGGUUCCUUCACCUCGACCGCAUUCAAGAGUAUGUGCGAUCGCAUGCCAGAGAUAUUGGAUAAGAUGAUAGGUUUAAGCAUGUGUAUUUAUGUAUUGCAUAUACCGUGCAAGUUGACAGUUUUAUAGUUAUAUAUAAUAUAAUAAAAAAACACGUAUUUUUUCUCUUCUCUUUGGCCAAAGCAUCAACUUUUGAAUAAGGCUGUAGUGAUAUCGUAGUCUCCCCGAAAUGUAGUUAUGUUAUAGUCUCUCCUGAAAAUCGUCUAGUCACGAAUUUCUGGUUUAUUUUUAUCUAUUUCUCAUACAAUAAAUACUAUUGUUUAACUGACAAAUGUUUGUUUAUCUGCAUAAUUAUGUUGUCAAAAUACUUGUAAAUUGAGUAACACGAGCCUCCGGGCUAGUACAGUAGUAGAGUCGUCCUCUCACCCGAGGGGUCGGCGGUUCGCGCCCCGCCCAGGCGCGAGAAGUUGCAAUUGUCGCCUGGAGGUUACUGCUGUGGCUGGGCACCACGGCGGGUAAGGACUAAGCUCAUCCGAGCUGACACACAUGAGCGAGUACUUGAGUAAAACGAAACACUGGAACUGAAUUAAUAUAUAAACCUUAACAUUAUAUGUUAUCCUGGCUUCCACUAACGACAAGCCAUAACAGACUAAUUAAGGCUCUAUAUACGUUUUGGCUACUCAGACAUCAGCACGGCCUUAACGGACUAAACAUGGCGGUAGAUAUACUGUUUGGCCAAGAGACAUCAUCCUGGGCAUUAUGGGACGUAUACCGCCGUCAGACCGAGGCAGACUGACUGCCGACGGAGGGCCAAGGAGCAGCACCUCACUCCCAGCAGGAACAGUCUGACUCCAUUUGUCUUUGGAUGAAGGAAUCAAGAUGAUCUCACCAUUCACCAUAUUUUUGUAGGGCCCAUAGAUAGAAUGAUAGAGAGAGAGAGAGAGAGAUAGGUAGGUAGAUAGAUAGAUAUAUAUAUGUGUGUGUAUAUAUAUAUAUAUAUAUAUAUAUAUAUAUAUAUGUCGUCCGAAGAAGACAUCGUAUUUACUUUCAUUUUUACUUUUACCUGUUAUUUUAUCGUAUAUUAGUAUCCUAGAGCGUGUUUCUGUGGUUUGCUUAUAUACUCUUAUUUCUACUUUGCUGUUGACAGCUAUUGGAAUUAAAGUAUAACAUCUUUUCAAAAAAUGAUUUUCAUAUUUACUAUUGUAUGACUCAGUGAGCUCGCCAAAUGCAGUCAACUAGACCAUCUAAUGAGAGCGCCAUUACUCUUUUUGACCUGAAACAUCGGAUACAAUAGGUUGCAAUAACAAUCCAGAAACAUUUUUAUUAUCCACCCACUCUCUGCCACAUCCCCUACUGUGAUGUCACACUGCCUAUGUUAUUCCCCAUGUCAGAUCCUGUGGUCCAAGUUCUAGCUCCCUUGGGUCACAGGGGACUGAAUGCAGAAGGGACAAUAAAUCCUUGAUUUUCUCCUGACAAUAUAAGAUUAUUAUUAACUAUCACUACUAAAAUAUCACUAAGAGUAACAUUAAACAUGAAAACAAUGAACUAUGAAUGAACAAGGAGCAGAUAUGCAAAUGACCAAUCAAUAAAUACUGAACUAAGCCUCCAACUCGGUCAAAUCACCACUAGUAAAACCUAUAUAAAGUCUAAGGGUCGGGACCCCUAGUCCCGUGGUGGCGGCUACCAAAGUUUUUGUUUGUUCGUUUAAAUGUGACGUCAGAAGUGAUACACUGUGUGUGCGGGGGUGGGGGGGGGGUAGAGGCAGGGGGAGGCGGGCAUGCUGUGUCCCAAUAAAUCCUUGCAGCUGCUUGUGUGGCUGGUUGUAUUGUGGACAUUGCUACUUUACUUCUCCGUAUACAUAUAUUUACAAACAUAUUGACUUUGUCCUGUAUAUUCACUUUCCACAAGGUCUAAACCUAUGAACUUUUAUAUGUUCAAUAAAUAUAUUGGCUAGAUA